AUGUUUUUUAGACUUAACUCCACUUUACGCACCGUUGCAGAAGAGAACCCGAAGCUCUGUGGCUCAUCUGGACAUUUCAUUGAAGGGAAAAAAGUGAAACUUUAUGGGUGGGGCUUGGUGAAAGGAAAGAGAGGGAAUGGGGACAGACAACAGGGUGAUGUGUGCUGUGAAUUCGAAGCUGGGUGGGUCUACAGUGUUUCACAUUCCCAAAUAACUCCCAGGCCGAAGCGCUUUCAGAUAUCAGUUUUCAGAGGGCCACAAUGUUGAUGUUGGCUGGAAUCGUUGUUCUGCACAUUACCACCAUCAUCCUGCUCCUGGUGGCCACCAUUGAUAAUGCUUGGUGGGCCACUAAUGCAGAGUCAACAGACUUGUGGGGCAGGUGGGAGUUGACAAGCUCAGGCUGGCAUUACACCAACCUGAAAAGCUCCCCAGAUGAGUAUCUCCAGACUGUGCAGGGCACCUCAGUGCUGGCCUGUGUUUUUGCCAUCCUGGCCUUGUUUGUGUUUGUGGCCCAGCUGUUCACCCUGCCCAAAGGCCAGAGGUUCACCUUCACUGGCAUUUUACAGCUAAUCUCCUGCCUGUGUGUAAUGAUAGCAGCUUCGGUCUACACAGCUCGGCUGCACACCAAUGAGACACAGGGAGGGUACGGACACUCCUAUGUCCUGGCCUGGAUCUCUUUUGUCCUCACGUUCCUCUUAGCGAUCACCUAUCUUGUCCUGCGAAAGAAGAGCGAGUGAAAGAAUGAGGAAGGAGGGCAGGGCUGUGAUCAUGUUCCUUUGAAUAUGGUAAAAUACAGAAUGAAUGCUUCAACAUUUGUAAAAAAACCUAGGAUAGCUGAUCUCCAUCUGCAGCUAGGAAAAUGGAGGAGUCAUGUUUAAUCGCGAACAAGAGCCAUUUGUUUGUAUUUUGAAUAUUAUAAGUUGAAAUAGAACUUGUGCUAACUUCACAUGAAGGCCCUUCAUGUGAACAUUUUCAAUUCAAAGAUUUCUGUUUGAUUAAAGUGAGAAGAAGGCAGGGCAGUGUUUUAUUCAAGAGUAGGGCUGUAUGGGGUACAAAAUGAUGGUGGAGAUUAGGGAGGUGCCACCUCUGAAUGUGCUCAUCUCAUAGGUUGUUUCAUAUAAGCUUGUUCCUUGUGAUUUGGCGCCAUAUAAAUAAAACUGAAUUGAAGAGCUCAGGCCACAUUAAUACUUUACAUUUUGAUAGAUACACAUACUCACUUUUUGGCCAAGAAAUAGACACAACACACUCUGUGUUAAGUAUGAAGCAGAUUAACUUAUUUUAGAGACUGGAAAUGGGCAAUAUCUAGUAUGGCUCAUGGUCAAAGGAAGCUAAAUCUGCACCUCUAAAACUCACACAGGCUUUAAUGCUCAAUUCUGAUCACAUUGACGUUUGUAUGUGACAUUUGUCCAGCUUUGAUUUGAAAACCAGAGGUCCUAAAUUUGACAUGCAUGUGCAAAUUUAACUGAAAUAUGAGCCACGUGCGUACAAGAACAUGCCAUUUGUGACAUUUACAUUACUUUCCUUCCAACUUGAUUUCUCCAAGUUGAAGAGGGGUGUUGACUCUGAAUGAUGGCAGGACUGAGACAUUGAAAAAAAAAAAAACCCACAUGAAUUCCAUUCUUACCACUGUGACUUUAGUUGCAUGGCCAAAUAUCGGAUACGAGUCAGAUCUAGGACCACAAUUGGAAGUGACCCAGAUCUGAUUUGGUCACAUAUCCGUUAAAAGAUCAGAUGUGACUCACUGGAGGGAGAAAAAAUUAGAGUAGUCUAUAAUUGCUAAGUAUAUUUGACCAUAGAGGAAUAUGACUCUGGUACAGAGGGUCUCACUGUGUUGUACAGAGGGUCUCACUGUGUUGUGAGGCAACAGUAGUAGGGAAUAACAAUGGGAAUAAAAAUAAAGAGUAGAAAAGAGAACAAGAAUAAACUGUAUACAGGAAAUGUGUGCCAUCAAAAACAGGAAAGGAAUGAGAGGAAACAGACAGCUUUUAGAAAUAUGUAUACAGGUGCAACUCAGUAAAUUAGAAUAUCAUGGA